AUGAAAUUUGGGAAAGAAUUUAAGGAUGAAAUGGUGCAUGAGUGGAGUGAGGCUUAUAUGGACUAUGGUGGGCUUAAACACCUUCUGAAAGAUAUAAACCACUUCAAUACUCAUAGAAAAGUAGAUAUUGAGAAUCAAGAAAGUGGAAUUGGGAAAAUCCAACAUAAAAAUUCGAUGAAGUUAUCGAAUGGAAAGUUGUUUAUACCAUCUGAAAUGGGACAAAAUGAGAAGUCAUUUUUCGAAAAAUUGGAUAAUGAACUUGAGAAAGUUAAUAGAUUUUACAAGGACAUAGUGGAAGAGGCAAAGGGAGAAGCAGAUGAAUUAGCCAAACAAAUGGAGGCUUUGAUUGCUCUCCGAAAAAAAGUAAAAGAAAAAGAUACCAAGGGAGACAAAGCAGCAUCCUCAAAGGUUACUUCUCCAAGCAAGGCGUCGAGUGAAGCUGAGCAAGACCAACUAGACUUCAAAGAAGAAGUGGACAAGUUUGGUGAGAACAUCAUAAAACCAGCUUCUUCUCCAAGCGAAAAUAGAGAUCCUUCGUUAGGUGAACAUGGACGCACUCCCUCAGACGUUCUUGAAUGUGUCAAAAUUCAAAAUACAUCCGACAAUCCAAAAUCAUCGGUAGAAAGACUAUUACUUGGUACCACAGAGAAAGAAUGUAGAUUCAGUCAAGAAGAGCUAAAGGAAAUUGAAGAAAAGUUGAAAAAGGCCUUUGUUGAGUUCUACCAGAAACUUCGCCACCUAAAUCAGUACAGUUUUAUGAACCUCUCAGCAUUUUCUGUGAUCCUGGAAAAAUAUGAAAAGAUUACUUCAAGGAAAGUGAUGAGAUCGUACAUGAAAAUCGUGGAUAACACCUAUAUUGGAAGUUCUGAUGAGGUUACUAGUCUUCUGAACAAGGUAGAAGCAACAAUUGUCAAGCACUUCAAUUCUGAACGGGGGGACGACAUCAAAUUAGUAAGGCAGGAAAGGAAAAGAGAGAAACACAGCAUUUGGUUUCUUUCAGGAUUCUUCUGUGGAUUCUCAGUUGCUCUAAUUAUGGCUAUUGUGUUAAUCAUACAAACAAGAAAGUUAUUGGACAAGGAGGAGGCUACAGUGUAUUUGGAUAGCAUCUUCCCUCUUUACAGUUUCUACGGUUACAUCAUCUUACAUAUGCUUAUUGGUGCUGCAAAUAUAUACUUGUGGCGAUGCUAUAGAAUCAACUACUCGUUUAUACUUGGAUUCAAGCCAGGAACCGAGUUAGAUCACAAGGAAGUUUUUCUUUUAGCCUCUGGUCUUGCAGUUCUUGUACUCACUGCUUGCCUGGUACAGCUGCAUAUCAGGAUGGACUCGAGGAUCCAAGAGCAUGAGACAUUUGUUGAACUGGUUCCUUUGGGCUUACUCAUUGGUUUAGUUCUCAUAUGUCUGUGUCCUUUUAACAUCAUCUAUCGUUCAAGCCGUUUCUUCCUUAUUCAGAGUCUAUUUCGUAGCAUUUGUGCUCCUUUAUACAAGGUGGUUGAUUCUACUAUGCUAGAAUUCUAUACACGUAGAGUAUACGACUUUUGGUUGAAUUUACUAGUUGAUAGUUUUCUUCUGCAGGUCAAUAUGAUAGAUUUUUUCCUAUCAGACCAGCUAACCAGCCAGACACAAGCGAUAAGAAGUUUCGUAUACUACAUUUGUUAUUAUAGUUGGGGAAAAUCCUCUACAGGACGAAAAAUGUGCCACGUUAGUGAUGUGUAUAUCGUUUUCUAUUACAUUUCAGCUGCGAUUCCUUAUUGGAUUCGCUUCUUCCAGGUACUUAACAUUCAUCAUGAUCUCUAUAUUUGCAUAUCUGCGUUUACUUGGUUGACGGUUGACCAAAUUAAUGUGCAGUGUAUGCGACGAUUAAUAGAAGAGAAAGAGAUGAAGCAUGGAUUCAACGGUUUCACCUAUUUCUCGAUGCUACUGUCAGUUGUCUUUCAGUCUACAUUCAGACUCCGGAAAAAAACGACUUGGAAAGUGUGGGCUUUGGUUAGCUCAGGCGUUGCAGCUCUGGCAAACAUAUCUUGGGAUAUCAGGAUGGACUGGGGUCUUCUUCAAAUGAAGUCAAGAAACUUUCUUCUGAGAGAUAAGCUCUUACUACACCAUAAAACUGCAUAUUAUAUAGCUAUGAUUCUUGAGGUUCUCCUGAGAUUUGUAUGGCUGCAAGUAGUAUUGAGUUUUGACAUGCGCCCACUACGUGGUAAAGUCAUAACAAGCACAUUUGCAAGCUUAGAAAUUCUUCGUCGAGGCAUUUGGAACUUCUUUAGAUUGGAGAAUGAACACUUGAACAACGUUGGGGAGUACCGAGCAUUCAAGUCACUCCCACUGCCCUUCAUUACAGACGACGACAAGGUUGGCAAAAAUGAGUAGGAUGACUCGAGUCUGCUUAAUACCUGUUCUGUUUCAUCAAAAGAUGAAUGUGUAAUAGCUUAG